AUGAAAAUCGGAUUAGAGUUAAUGUUGGGAUAUUAUGUUAGUAUAGAUAGUUUAGAUGAUGGUCUGGAAUUCAAGCCGAAAAUUGCUAUACAUUGUAUCAAAUAUAUUUUUCGUGGGAUAUGGAGACGUAUUGCUGAGCUCAUUGCAGAACUAAAUUGUGAUGUCGGAAAAAUCAAGCAGGAGCAAAUUGCUAUCAAUGUUUCGGUGCAAGACGGGACAUCCGUGGUGAAAUCUUCCACUCGUUCAGAAUUACAGGUGACUUCCCAAUCAUCCAUUUCACCGCCUAUUGAGGGUAAUUCUGAGAAUAGCUCCGAUGUAGCUCAACCCACUCAUGCAGGCCAAGAUCAGGACGAGCCCUCAAUUUCCCAGAAUAAUUCCUCUAUGCCCCUAGAAGAUUCUGCGGAAACCAAAACCAAUACAAGCAGUUCGCAAUCAUCAACCAAAUCAAGUGUUUGCAGAGCAGAAGAAGCUCAAGUACUACCAAAGGAUACAAAAGUUUCCAUGAUUAUAUAG